CUUCCCCUGGUAAAAAGGAAGGAGUAGAGAAACUGCUUCGCAACUCGGCUCUCCCUUUGAUUCAGUCGCCUCAGCUAAUUCCACGUCAGCUUUUCCGAUGCGAUCUCCGCUACCGGGCCGCGAUUGACCGGGAAGCUCUCCGGUGUUUGAAGCUCCGGCGAUGGAUUCUGCUCGGAGUUGGUUCCAGAAGUUUCAGCCGAGAGCGAAGAAGAAGGGGACGGAGAAUGCUAGAGAUGAAGAACAGCCGGCUUCUUUGGACGACGAGGCGCCGUCGGCUGCGACCAAGCAGAAGGUUGAGGCGGCGAAGCAGUAUAUAGAGAAUCACUACAAGGCGCAGAUGAAGUGCCUGCAGGAUAGGAAGGAGAGGCGGUGGAUGCUGGAGAGGCGGCUGGCGGAUGCCGAAGUUUCGCAGGAGGAUCAGAUGAAUGUGCUCAAGUAUUUGGAGCAGAAGGAGACGGAGUACAUGCAUCUUCAGAGGCAUAAGAUGGGGGUUGAUGACUUUCAGCUGUUGACGAUUAUCGGAAGAGGCGCAUUCGGAGAGGUGAGAAUUUGCAGGGAGAAAUCGACUGGCCAGGUGUAUGCCAUGAAAAAGCUCAAGAAAUCGGAGAUGCUCCGUAGAGGCCAGGUGGAGCAUGUUAAAGCCGAAAGAAACCUUCUUGCGGAGGUUGAUAGUGCUUACAUUGUCAAGCUCUAUUGUUCCUUUCAAGAUGAGGAAUUUUUGUAUCUUAUAAUGGAAUAUCUUCCUGGAGGUGACAUGAUGACGUUACUAAUGCGUAAAGAUAUCUUGACUGAAAAUGAAGCAAGGUUUUAUGUUGGAGAGACUGUUCUUGCCAUUGAAUCUAUUCAUAAGCACAACUACAUUCACAGGGAUAUUAAGCCUGAUAAUUUACUGCUCGACCGUCAUGGCCACAUGAAGCUUUCAGAUUUUGGGUUGUGCAAGCCUUUAGGCACUAAUAGCUUUCCGGAUCUUAGUGAGAAUGACUCAGCAGUUGGAAGAAAUUUAAAAUCCGCUUCAGAGAGUAACCAACACUCCAGACAGAAAUCCAAUCCUUCUACACCAAAAAAAACCCAGCAGGAACAGUUAUUGCACUGGCAAAAGAACAGACGAAUGUUGGCUUAUUCAACGGUUGGGACGCCAGACUACAUUGCUCCAGAAGUACUGCUGAAGAAAGGAUAUGGGAUGGAAUGUGAUUGGUGGUCUCUUGGUGCAAUUAUGUACGAAAUGCUUGUCGGAUUUCCACCUUUCUAUUCUGAAGAACCCAUGUCCACAUGCAGAAAGAUUGUUAACUGGAGAACUCAUCUGAAAUUCCCGGAGGAAGCAAAACUCUCUGCUGAGGCUAAAGAUCUCAUUUGCAAACUUCUCUGCAAUGUUGAGCAAAGACUAGGGACUAAAGGAGCUUAUGAAAUAAAGGCACACCCAUGGUUUAAAGGGUUAGAAUGGGAUAAAUUAUAUCAGAUGGAAGCUGCUUUUAUACCAGAGGUUAACAACGAGUUAGAUACUCAGAACUUUGAGAAGUUUGAAGAGUUGGGGGAUUCAGUAGAAACUCCAUCAAAAUCUGGUCCAUGGAGAAAGAUGCUGUCGUCCAUGGAUACAAAUUUUGUUGGUUAUACGUACAAGAAUUAUGAAAUUGUCAAUGAACAUCACAUGCCUGGGAUUGCUGAGUUGAAGAAAAAGACUAACAAGCCAAGGAGACCUUCUGUUAAGGCAUUAUUCGACACGCCUGAUCCUCCAGACUCCCCAACACAUGGAACUUCUCUCAACCAUAUGUCCACUCUGCCUUCUGGCUCAGAAGGCUCUGAGCCAUCAUGGCAAUCUAGCAGACCCCCACAAUAUCCACCCAAACCUCCAAGAAGAUAGCAAGCACAGUGCAUUGUGCAUUUUGCUGGUUGUUCUCUAACUGGAAGAAAAUUGAGAGAAGCUUACAAAACUGUGAAGAUAAAGAUAGGAAAUUGGCAUCUGAAUACUGUAAGUCUUAGUUUUAAGUGUGUUCCAUAUUAAUUCUUGUGUAUUACAAGUAGUGAUGUUCACUCACCAUGUAAUCACCUAGAUUAGUGAGAAAGAGGCCGAGCUUCAUAUGUUUUAGGGUCUAAUCAAUGAUUUAUUCAUAGGUUCAUAGGUGAUAUAGUAACUUCCCUCGAAUUUCUUGUCAACUUUUAAAUUUGUAGCGAGCAUUGACUCGGUCUUCUGUUCAUAUAGUCUUAGUGACAAAGUGAGUCAAGUGCUGCUACAUACUUAUUUUCUCCCCACCCAAGGAGGUUUGUAAAUUCAUUUUUUUAUUUAUGAUAUCAGUUAUAGUAA